GCUGAGCCGACGCAGCACAGCACACAUUUAAAUGUGUUAUGUGGAUGACAAAGUGUCCAAAGUGGCCUGGCUCAAUCGAUCCAACAUCAUCUAUGCCGGCCAGGACAAGUGGUCUCUGGACCCCAGAGUAGAUCUGGUGACUAAAGGACAGCUCGAGUACAGCCUGCGCAUACAGAAGGUGGAUGUGUAUGAUGAGGGGUCGUACACCUGCUCCAUACAGACGAAGCAGCAGCCCAAGACCUCACAGGUCUACCUCAUUGUACAAGUUCCAGCAGACAUCUACAAAGUGUCAGAAGACAUCACGGUGAACGAGGGCAGUAACUUGACGCUCAGCUGUUUGGCCAGCGGCAGGCCGGACCCUGCAAUCAACUGGCGACUGCUCAACCCCUCAGCGAGGGACUGCUGA